AUGGCGAGCUCAUCAUUGCAUCCUUUACUUCCCUCGUUAAAGGUAAAAGUCACGGCAAUUCAUCAACAUGAUGAUCGAUUGUAUGUCGGGCUUAUCAACGGGGCACUUCAAAUAUACUCUUAUGAUACUUCGAGAACCACCAAUUCUGAAGAUGAAGAUCCAGUACCCAGAGUCGAAUUGUUGAGAUCACAUACAUUAGGAAGGAGACAAAUUGAUCAAAUAGGUAUAUUGGAAGAGUCUAAACAGUUGAUCGUUCUUUCAGAUACAAUUGUAACCCUCUAUUCUUUACCUGAUCUACCGAAGAAAGGGUCGAUAGUGCUUAGUCAAGCGAGAUCAGCUCAUUGUUUCGCCAGUACUUCUUAUCCUGUAAAAGGGAAAAAGACAGAUACAAGCGAUGGUAAUCUUACGAAAGAACUCUUGGUCGUGGGAUGUAGGAAGAAAGUAGUCGUUUAUGGAGCUGGAAAAGGGGGAUUGAAAGAAGGCUGGGAAUCAAACCUCCCUCAUUCUCCACGUCACAUCAUUUUCCCUUCAUCACCUUCGAUAUCAGGAAUACCAGAAACGAUACAUCUUUUGUUCACCACCCAGACAUCCGUCUUACUUCAUAUCAAUCCAUCGUCAUCUGCAAAUCGACUGAAUGUAUCGGACAUCACCACUUCCCCACUCCCACCUUCUUCCUCUACAACUAUGACGUCUGAGGAAGGAGGGGGCACAGGAAUAGCUAUGGGUAUGGGAGCCUUGACUGGAUUGGGAGGAUACGUUGGUCUAGGAGGGAAAUCUGCUGUUCCAUUGGGAACAAGAACCGUGGGUGGAGAAGUAUUACUUGCAAGGGACGAUUUGGGAGCUUUCGUAUCCAGUGAAGGGAAUUAUACAAGAGCAGAAUCGUUACAAUGGCCAAGUGCACCUGACGCCCUAUCAUUCGCAAACCCCUAUAUAUACUCUGUGGUAUCUGUCGUUCCUUCUUCUGCUCCUUCAAGCUCUUCAGCCAUCCCUGAACCCACUGUUCAAAUCCAUCUCGCACCAACUUUGGCUCUACGUAAAACUCUGACUUUACCAUCACCAUCUGCAGGAGGUUUAUCCGUUAGUCAUAUGACAAGUACUCGAGAGGCCUUGACAUCUGCUGUCCCAGCAGAGAAUACAUCCCCGUCAAUCAAGAUGUUGAUAGUGUCUACACCGACGGACAAGCACUUAUCUCAGAGUGAUGGAAGUUCAAUUUGGGCUUUGAGAUCAAGUGAUAUCGGAGAAGAAGUGGACCAGUUGGUUAGAGAAGGACGAGUGGCAGAUGCGAUUGGUCUUGUGGAAGCAGUGGGAGAAGAUGGACUUUCACCUUCCCGACGUCUACCUCAUCUGAAAACGUUACAAGCUGUGAUUCAGAUUGCCAGAGGCGAAUACCAGUCAGCUAUGGAAACAUUCUUGAUCUUCAACGUCAAUCCUGCUUUGGUCCUUUCAUUAUUUCCUGCAGAAACCAUAUCUGGGAAAUUGCAUGUCCCCAAAGAACAAUGGAUGGAGCUAUUUGGCGCGGUCGAGGGAGCGAAGCUUGACUAUACUACAAUUGUAGAGAAGGAGGAGGGAACUGCAAAAGGAAUCUUGAAAAGCGUGGUUGGUUUAGGUGGAUUGACCAAGAAAGGAAGUGUCAAUGGCCUCAAAGAUAUGGCCAGUGAUUCAGCUAGUAUAAGGAGCGGGAAAAGUGUCGAUAAAGAUGGUGAAAAGGAGAAACCACCUGUGAUGAGUGGUGAAGAAGUAGUCCCACCUCGAGCCGCAUUAGAGGCUUUGAUGUAUUUCCUUUCGGAUCGUCGACAAAAGCUAGCGGGAGCAAUAUCGAUAACGCCUCUGCCAAAAGAAUCGUCCUUUCCACCUCUAUCGUCUUUACCUGCUGUAGAGCAACAUAAUCUUCCUUCUCUACCAUUCACUGAACUUGACCCUGAACAAUUACUCCGAAUGGCUCAAGUCAUCUAUACAGGUUUGAUCAAAGUAUACCUCGUAGCAAGACCUAUACUGGUAGGGAGUUUAUGUAGAAUCGAAAAUUGGUGUGAUGUCGAAGAGGUUGAAGAGUUAUUGAAAGCUCAAAAGAAAUUCGGUGAUUUGAUUGAUCUGUAUCAGGGAAAGAGAAUGCAUGGUAAAGCACUGAAAAUGUUACAAGAAUUGGCGAAAGAUGAAGAAGAUAAAUUGGAUCGAUAUCCACCUACAAUCAGAUAUUUACAAAAGCUUGGAUCUUCUGAACUGGACCUGAUUCUGGAAUCGUCAAAGUGGAUCUUCGAUGAAGAUCCUAAAAUGGCUUUACAGAUCUUUACAGCAGAUGAACCAGAAGUAGAAUCUCUUCCUCGUACGGAGGUGAUGCGAUUCCUUGCUGAAAUCAAUGAAGGAGCUUGUAUCGGUUAUCUAGAACACAUCAUCAAUAAUUUAGGGGAAGAUGGUUCCGACUAUCAUGAUAAACUGGCUGAAUUGUAUCUUGCUAAAGUGAAGGCGGAAGAGGGAGCUAAGGCUGACCAAGAUGAACGAGAAGAUUCGUAUGACGGUUUAUUGAAUUUCUUGAAUUCAUCAAAACAGUAUAGGCCUUAUAGGUUGGUCAGCAAACUUGCUGCAGACGAAUUGCCAGAAGCAAGAGCGAUAUUAUUGGGAAGAAUGGGUAAACAUGAAGAAGCGUUAAGGAUUUACGUGUAUAGAUUAAAAGACUACAGCGCUGCAGAAGCAUACUGUGUCCAAGCUUAUAACACGAAUUCCGACAUUUUCUUGCUUCUCUUAACGAUUUAUCUCCGUCCACAACCACCUACUAAAUCCACUCCUGCGCCAGAACCAUUACUUGGUCCAGCGUUGUCACUAGUAUCAAAACAUUCAACCUCUUUACCACCUUCACCAGUCUUAGACCUUUUACCUCCUUUAGUACCGAUGCAAGAUGUUCACGCGUUCUUCAUGAGAACUCUGAGAGAUACUCAUGCGAAGAGGAAUGAAGCUAGAGUAAUCAAGAGUCUGGUUAAAGGUAGAAAAGAAGAAUUGGAGAGAUUGUUACUUGGGUUAGAAGGAAAGCGAGUCAGAGUUACGGAUCAGAGAAUAUGCCCUCAAUGCCACAAACGUUUAGGUCAAUCAGCAAUUGCUGUUCAUGCGCCAAGGGGUGAAGUCACCCAUCUUCAUUGUAAAGAUCCAUUCAGUGCCAAGUUGGCGAAAUCACGAGGAUAA